AUGGAGAUGCUACCUAAAGGUGGGUUCAGCUUUGAUUUGUGCAAGAGGAAUGACAUGCUUGUCAAGAAGGGUUUGAAGGAACCAUCAUUUCUCAAGACGGGGACCACCAUUGUCGGCUUAAUUUUUAAGGAUGGUGUCAUUCUUGGAGCAGACACACGAGCCACCGAAGGACCCAUUGUUGCAGAUAAGAACUGCGAGAAAAUUCAUUACAUGGCCUCAAAUAUUUACUGCUGUGGAGCCGGGACUGCUGCUGAUACAGAAGCUGUUACAGACAUGGUUAGUUCCCAGCUGAAGCUACAUCGUUAUCACACUGGUCGUGAGUCGAGGGUUGUGACAGCUCUUUCAUUGUUGAAGUCUCAUCUUUUCAGCUACCAAGGACAUGUCUCAGCUGCUUUGGUGCUUGGUGGAGUUGAUGUCACAGGCCCACAUUUACAUACUAUUUAUCCACAUGGUUCAACUGACACUCUCCCGUUUGCCACAAUGGGUUCCGGUUCCCUUGCUGCAAUGGCUGUCUUUGAGUCAAAAUACCGUGAAGGGCUGACUAGGGAUGAAGGUGUAAAAUUAGUAUCUGAGGCCAUAUGCUCUGGCAUAUUCAAUGACUUGGGAAGUGGAAGCAAUGUAGAUAUCUGUGUAAUAACCAAGGGGGAGAAGGAAUAUCUGAGAAACCACAUGUUGCCGAAUCCUCGAACCUAUAUUAGUGAGAAGGGUUAUUCAUUUUCCAAAAAGACUGAGGUAUUGAGCACAAAGAUUACGCCACUGAGAGAGAUGGUGGAAGUGAUUGAAGGAGUAGCCAGUCUCAACAGAAAAGAUAUCCAGAUGUCGUGCCCAUUUCAGUCCUUCCCUCAACACCAUGCAUUCACCCAACAGCAGUUCAAUGUUACCUAUGAGAACUUUUGGGAGACCUGCCACCAUCUCGUCAUGUGCAUUGCUAUAGCCCCAACACCAUAUACAUAUCAACCUCACUCCAUUGCUGCAUCCACAUUCAAUUUCAAUUUCCUGGGGGUUGGAGGUGUCACCACCUAUUAG